CGUGUUAUACUACGGACCUCACUGUAAGGAUAAAAACGAAGUCGGAUUUCCCGCUAUCACGAGUACGUGUACACACAAAUUAAACCAAAUUAAAGAUACUAAGAGAGCAUUGCGAUUCUAGUUUUUUUUCUUUAGUAAAGUUAUAAGGAGCACCGAAAUCAUGACGUCAUACUGAAGGACCUCCCUUUGGGACCAUUAACCGAAUAGCCCACUUCGUCGACUAACUGGACACAAUAUUUUAUAUUGUAGCAGGAGUCUUGUCCAGCUCAAGCAAAACUACAUAUCUCAAGUACCUAUUGAAAAAUAUCAGCUCUUUUUCAGCAAGCCGUCAUACUAAAGACCAAAGAGCAGGAAAAUGACCACAAGAUUUUUUACCGUAACCUUUACAUAACAUAGCAAAUAGCACCAGCCGAUGCUUGGAGCAGCGUUUUAGAGCUGCCUAGAGCCGGUUGCAUAGCGUAUUAGUUAUUCUCAGCCCAUCAUAAUCUCGGCUUCAAGAUUUCGUAAAAGGCUGGUGCCUCAAGUGUAGAUAAAAUAAUGAUGUCUAUGUAGAAGACACGUGCUGGCAGUUCUGCCAGAAUAUACAGGGUUUGUAAAGAUUUUCAAGUCCACCCCACCUUUUACAGAUCAGCGUAGGAUAUAGCCAGGCUAUAAUAGAGACCAGAAUUAUAUAGUUCAGACAGCCUAAGUAGCCUGGUAAAAGUAGCCGGGUAACUGGCGGCAGCUGCAGCAUUGUCGACUGGCCAAAGCUGGACCAGUAAAAACGACACGAGUUUUCGUCGUUCGUGACGGAAGCUCUGACUGUGCUGAAAUCCUUCAAAGCAAUUUGCCGUGUGGUAAUCUAGAAAUUUCGCAAGUGAACAACUGGAUUUCUGGCUUGAAUCUCGGCCAAAAUUUAGGUAGCUGAUUUUCGAUCAAAAUGAUAAGCCGCUGAAACAAUAUAGAGUGUUUUGCUGGCACUUGAGAAUACCAGACAUGACAUAAGAGCUCAUGUGAAAAUAAAAUUCUACAAUCCAGUCGGGCAGAUGAUUAGUCAUGCCAUUCUUUAGGAGCAACACCAACAGUUAAAAACAAGCCCGGAGUCAAUCAAAACAGAACGGUUAUGCCCCGCAACACGCUCGAUAGUAUCGACAUUCUGAAGUGGAGGGACGGCAUUUUUCGUUUGGCAGAGCUGCACAAAAAUUGUCAGGGUACACCAAUACCUCUGCUGAUUAUCCGCCAGUCUUUCCUUCAGGCCAAGCUCUAGGAAAAUAUACUCUGAAAAGAAGGCGCUGCGAAGACCACUUCUGAAGUCACUAAACCAAUCACCACUGCGAAACCAUACAAGAUACCGUCAUCUACAUUGUACGAGAGAACGCAACACCAACAUUGCGAGGGAACCUCAGAAAUCGCACCUGUUUGUACACUUCAUGGUUAUCACGUGAUCAGACGCGUGUCAGGAAAACUUCAGGAGUCAUAAAAACAAAAAAGAAAACGAGAACAUGUCUGAAACAGUGCGCUAGACACAAAAAGGACAGGUGUGAAACAAAACAAUACCUACAUCCGCUCUUCAAGGGACUCUUGGGAAAACGGUGAACCCCUGCACCGAACAAUCGAACGCUUGUCUCUGGAAGGCAUUGAGACUGGAAAGCAAGCUGGAGCUGUGACAAAGUGAAGCCAGGUGUCCAGGAGCCUAUCUGAGAAGGAUACUGCACCACUGGAAGACCGAAUGCUUGCGACGUGAUACCAAGGGAACCAGGAGGCGUCGUCGACAAAGCAGGCAGUACAGGAGAGGCCCGUUCCGUCGAAUGGCUCCCGUUCAGGCGCGUCACGUCCAGCGCGCCCCGCAUUUGACGUCGCCCAUAGACGUGCACUGCCACAACAUGACCAGACUCCUGCUGUCGCUGACGGCCAACCUCUCCUCCUCGUCGUCGUCACCAUCAGUGAACGUGUCCCGGGGUGCAGAGGACGACCUGUGGUUGACCAACGGGUCCUCCACGUCGGGCACGGGUUCUCCUGCCAUCGACGACCGGGAGUCGGAGGCGAGCCAGCGCCAGGCUCUGCUCUACAUCGUGGUGGUGCUGUUCUUCUACUCCUUCGGCAUCGGCUUCAUGAUGAUACGCUACAUGCGCCAGGAGGCCAAAGAACAGGAGGAGUGCAAGAUGUACCGCAGAUACAUCAACGCUGCUCACGAGCAGUACCUGAACGCAACGAACCGAGCAAGGCUGGCCAACAGGCUGGCGCUGCAGGCGCUGAACACCGUCAACGCCAUACCGCAGACAACCCACGUCGGUUCCAAGGUGACCUUCGUAUGACGACCGGCCAAGGCCUUCUUCUAGACGUCCCAGCGCAUGGACAGGACGUCAGCUUCUGCGUUUGGUCUGCGGCACCGCAACGUCGAUCUCCGGAAAAAGAAAAGAUAAUGCUCUAUUCCCCUGCUGGAACCUGACAAACGAUCCUACAGAAGCGUGUUGAUAAAGAAGCAGACGGCUUGUUCGCCUGCUGGACUGCUGAACUCUGAAGCAUGCGACGUUGCAGGAGUGUAUUGUCAAUAUAUAUACAUGUGGAGUUGUCCACUCAAACGGUCAUCCACUGCACCUCCUACUAGCAAUGAUCAAGCAUGCGGAAACAUAGGAGAAGGUCCUGGCGGUCCUUUUUGUCAGCUGUUCUGCCUGACCAUUCUAAGGUUUCAAAAAGGUCCCCGGAACAUCUUCAUCAUGUUACCUGUGCCUCGGCGUUCAUAAUUUAUUAACCGUGUUGCGCCAGGACAUGCUGAGUUCAAGUCAUCGCGGAUGGGCUCGUUUGAACCAAGGAAUAGAGUUCAACCACGUGAAGCUUCUGUGAAAUCUACCAAAGAAGGGUUUACGCUCACCAAGGAGACGGUAACCUCGACGAAAGGGAAGUGAUCGUUGGAGACGCUCAGAGCUAUACGUCGAGAAUUGUGGUUCAGGAACUCAACAAUCAGCACACGGAAGACGACCUUCUACUCAACCCAUUCCUCCCCAACGCAGUUGCGUGUUGAAGUGAGGAGCUUGUGAAAUAUAUAUAUUUUGAGUCAGUUUGCGCGAAGACUUCGAGGAGGCAGCAGUGUGACCACAAACGCUUGUCCAUCUGCCGCAAAGUACGUGCGCUUGGUUUAGUGGGACACGAGCGCGCAGGGUGGUGACUGUUAGACGACUGUGAAAGCGCGCACCAAGGCAGCUGUACGGACAGUUUUCUGCAUGCGAUUCUUACCCACUACUCGGUCUUUGCGCACUUGAGACCUGACCUCAAAGAAGCCAAUCGUACUGGCGGGUAUACAUAUAACGUCCCAGACCAGACUGAUUAAUAAUUGAUCUGCGGCAUAAGAGAUCCCAACGAAGGGUUCAAGUCACAUCUCCUGGAGCCGAACUUGUUAAAGU